AUGGCGCCGCGUAACAAAGUUACAGCAAGAUUGGUAUACAUCACCUCAAUGAACGCGUUCCAUCAAACGAACGCUAAUAAUUUCUUUGGUACCCAUGGAGUCUACACCCUUCUCCAAUCAACUGUAUUUGUUCAGAUAAACAAGGCCCAACAUAAAAAGACGAUAAAAUAUUGCAAGAUGGUGUUGAAGUCCACAUCUGCUAAUGAUAUCUCUGUUUACCAGGUCUCUGGUACCAAUGUAUCUCGUUCUUUGCCUGACUGGAUUGCAAAGAAGCGUAAGAGGUCCCUAAAGAACGAUUUAGAGUAUCAGAACAGAGUUGAAUUGAUUCAGGACUUUGAGUUUAGUGAAGCCUCCAACAAGAUUCGUGUUACAAAAGAUGGUAACUAUGCGAUGGCUACCGGUACUUAUAAGCCACAGAUUCACGUAUAUGAUUUUGCCAACUUGUCUAUGAAGUUCGACAGACAUACUGAUGCUGAAAAUGUUGACUUCGUGCUUAUAUCAGAUGACUGGACCAAGAGUGUUCAUCUACAAAACGACAGAAGUAUCCAAUUUCAAAGUAAAGGUGGUAUCCAUUACACAACCAGAAUACCAAAAUUUGGUCGUAGUUUGACUUAUAAUCCUGUGAAUUGUGACCUAUAUGUCGGUGCCAGCAGCAACGAACUUUAUAGACUUAACCUAGAGCAGGGUAGAUUCCUAAACCCAUUCAAAUUAGAUGAUGAAGGUGUGAAUCAUGUAACUAUGUGUGAUGUCAACGGGUUGAUAUCUGUAUCCAUGGAAAAUAAUACGGUAGAAUUCUGGGAUCCAAGAGCAAGAACAAGAGCUGCUAAACUCGUGUUAGAAAAUGAUUUGGAUAACUCUGAUUUUCAAGUUACUACAUCAAGUUUCAGAAGAGAUGGUUUAAACUUUGCCUGUGGUACAUCUACUGGUUAUUCUUAUUUAUACGACUUGCGUACUUCUGAGCCAUACCAGGUCAAGGAUCAAGGUUAUGGGUUUGAUAUCAAGAAGAUAAUAUGGCUUGAUAACGUUGGUGUUGAAAACAGUGAUAACAUUCUAACAUGUGAUAAAAGAAUCGCCAAGAUUUGGAAUAAAGAUACUGGUAAAGCAUACGCCUCAAUGGAACCUAGUGUCGACAUUAACGAUAUUGAACACAUCCCAGGCUCAGGUAUGUUCUUCACCGCCAAUGAAGGUAUUCCAAUGCAUACAUAUUACAUUCCUACUCUUGGUCCAUCUCCAAGAUGGUGUUCUUUCUUGGACUCCAUCACCGAAGAACUAGAAGAGAAACCAAGUGACUCAGUUUACUCGAACUACAGAUUCAUAACGAGAGAUGAUGUAAAGAAGUUAAAUAUCACUCAUUUGGUGGGCUCGAAUGUUCUAAGAGCAUAUAUGCAUGGUUUCUUCAUUAAUACAGAAUUAUAUGAUAAGGUUUCUUUGAUUGCUAAUCCAAAUGCUUACAAAGAUGAAAGAGAGAGAGAAAUCAGACGCAGGAUUGAGAAGGAAAGAGAAUCAAGAAUCAGAACUUCUGGCGCGGUAUCGAAACCUAAAGUCAAAUUUAAUAAAGAUCUUGUCGAGAAAAUUACAACCAAACGUGGUGACUCAGCAGCCAGUAAAAUUCUUACAGAUGAUCGUUUCAAGGAAAUGUUUGAAGAUGAAGAUUUCAAAGUUGAUGAGAACGAUUAUGAUUACAAGCAAUUGAACCCAGUUAAAUCUGCUAAAGAAACUGACGAAGGUGCUGCUAAACGUAUUAGAGCCCUAACUGCAGCCGAAGAAUCUGAUGAAGAAAGAAUAGCCAUGAAGAAUGGUCACUAUAGCGAUAGCGAGAGUGAAAGUGAGAGCGAGAGUGAAGAAGAUAAGGCUGAGUUAACUGAAGCUGAGAAGAGAAAAGCAGAAAAGCAAAGGAAAGUUAUUGAACGUAGAAGAAAGGAUAAAGAAGAAGCUGAGAAGUUCCUAGAUGGAAUGAAGGUUUCUGAUAGUGGACUUUCAGUUAACGGCGAGAAGAGAUCUGUUACAUUUGCCGAGCAAGUUAAAACUUUGGAGGAAGAAAACACUGAUAAGAAAUCCACCGCUCAAGUUCUUCGUCGUAACCACCGUGGUGCAGCUGAGCUAACUUUUGUGCCUGGUAAGAAAUCUCCCAAGCCAAAGAGAAUGCAUAGAGCUUCAUCAGACAGCGAUGAAGAUGACGAUGACAAUAAACCUGACAACGGUAGAGCGAAACCUAGAUUUGAGGGAAGAAGAAGGGCAAGCAAAAACGUUUUCAGAGGUAUGUAA